AUGUCGGACGACGAAAGCGCACAUAUCCAGCCGGCGGUGUUGGGAUUAACGAAUGACCAAAGGUGUUUGAAGGAGUUUAUCCUACAAUUGGAAAGUGAUGUCCGAAAAAAAAUAAAUUCUUUACGACCAAAUUAUCGCAAGGAAUUGAAAAAAAUUAUUGACUCCAAGCGCUCCGGAGCUGGUACAGAAGACGUUUAUAUUCCAAAGUCUUGGACAUUUAACGCUCUUCACUUUUUAAAUAAAAAUGAGAAGCCUGUUGACCUGAACCAGGUAGAAUCGCAAAAUGUGGACGAAUUGGUGCAAGUUGAGGAGCAGACAAAUAGAGAGGACUUAUCUAACACUUCCUUUUCAUCUAUUAGCGAGUUGGCUCCUCCUCGGAAAAACAAAAAAAAUUGUGCAGUGGGUAAACAAAACGAGCUAAUUGAAACGGCAUUAUACUGGAGUGAAAAAUUAGAGCAUCUUAAUCCAACGCAGCGUAUGCUAGCUGAAAAAGGAAUUAAUGAUAUUUUAUUUGAAGCAGAACUGGGUAACUUGAGACGUAACUCUGUUAAAAUAAUUGUAUAUCCAGACGCUU